AGAAAUUUUUUUUUAUGUUUACUAGGCACUUCCCGAGUCAAUGUGAUGACUGGUGAUUUACCAGAGGAUUUCUUGCGGCUUUCACCAGCAGUGAACCAAGCGCCUCAUCCUACAGGACAGAUGGUUCCUGUCCCGCCUCUCACUUAUUACCAACCAACAGGGUUCAUGCAGCCAAUUCAGGCACAACACACAGGAAGAUUGAGUAUUACAGUUCAACAGGCCAAGUUGGCUAAGAAUUAUGGCCUUACCCGCAUGGAUCCUUACUGUCGAAUUACAGUGGGAAACCAUGUGUUUGAAAGUCCAACAGCUCAUAAUGGUUCAACAAACCCUCGCUGGAACAAGUUAAUGUCAAUGUAUGUGCCUUCACAGGAAACUUAUUUAAUAUUAAUCCUUUCAACUUCACUCCGAAGAUCUGAUUGUUAAUUCUCCCCUCUAGCU